GCAGAAGAAGAGUUAAAGUUUGCGACCGGCGUUUACCUCAUUGCGUCAUCGCUGCAUGACACACGCGAGGCAAGGAAAGCCUGCUGUGGGAUCAUAGCGAAGUUAUUAACACUUGUUGUUGUUACUUUAGGAAGUCGCAGGUAACGUGAAGAAAUGCCCAAGAAGGUGAAAGAAGAGGCGGAGUGGGUGGACGAUGAAGCCGCCACGACUGGAGCAGCAGAGAAAACUGUGAAAAAGGGGAAGAAAGAUAAAAAGGCAAAAAAGAACUUCUUUGAGGAACUUGCAACAGACAGCAAACCUGAAAAGGUUGAGGAGGUGGCUGUGAAAGAAGCUCAAGGAAAACAGAAAAAGAAGAAAGAGCAAAGAAAAGGAAAACGUGAUGCAGACAAGAAAGAUGAGGAGGAUCUAACACUGAUGCUGGAAAAGCUCUCUGCACAACCAAGUGAUGAAGAUGAUGAGCCAGUCAUCACCACGAGCAAAGGAAGCAAAAAGAAGGGUGGGAACAUCUUUGCUGCUCUCAGCCAAGGGCAGAGUGAUGAGGAUGAGGAUGAGGAAGAAGAUUUGGACGAUGAAGAUAAACCUCCAAAGAAGGAGGUUGAGAGGGUGAAGAAAAAAGAGAAGGGCAAGCCUAGAAAAGUAAAGGCGGGGUCUGAUGAAGAGGAUGAGGCAGCUGAAGAUGACUCUAAAGAGAAAUAUACAAAGACAAACAACAAGGCUGAAGCCAAGUCCAAGAAAGGAAAAACUGAAGAGCGACCACGGUGCACGCGUGAUGAGGAGGAGGAGGGUGAAGAGGAGGAAGAUGAUGGAGCUGAUACGAUGAUGAGUGCUGAGGAUGUAAUUGCAGAUCAGGCCAAGCAGGUACCAGAUGACCCGUAUGCCAAUCUCAGCAAAAAGGAGAAGAAGAAGAAGAAAAAGGAGAAAGAGUAUGAGCGUCAGAUUGCUAGCGUUCGUGCUGAGAGUGCCCUAGAAGAUUUCUCCAUUUCCCAGGCUGAGAUGUCCUCCAGACAGGCCAUGCUGGAAAACGCCUCAGAUAUUAAGAUUGAAAGGUUCAGCAUAUCCGCUCACGGCAAGGAGCUUUUCAUCAACGCUGACCUUCUGAUUGUGGCAGGAAGAAGAUAUGGUUUGGUUGGACCAAAUGGAAAAGGAAAGACCACAUUACUGAAACACAUUGCCAACAAAUCUCUCAGUAUUCCCAGCAAUAUUGAUGUGUUGCUGUGUGAACAAGAGGUGGUAGCUGAUGACACACCUGCGGUACAGGCGGUACUGAAGGCUGACACCCGCCGCCUGAGACUUCUGGAGGAAGAGAAACAGCUUCAGUCUCGUCUGGAGAAAGGAGAGGAUGGUGUGGUUGAGAGACUAGACAAGGUCUAUGAAGAGCUAAGAGCGAUUGGAGCUGCAGCAGCUGAAGCAAAGGCCAGAAGAAUCCUGGCUGGUCUGUCCUUCACCCCUGAGAUGCAGAACAGAGCCACCAAAAGGUUCUCAGGAGGCUGGAGAAUGAGAGUUUCUCUUGCUAGAGCCCUGUUCAUGGAGCCCACCCUGCUGCUGCUGGAUGAACCCACCAACCACCUGGAUCUAAAUGCUGUCAUCUGGCUCAAUAACUACCUUCAAGGUUGGAAGAAAACUCUCCUAAUAGUUUCCCACGACCAGAGUUUUCUUGAUGAUGUGUGCACAGAUAUCAUCCACCUAGACAACCAAAAACUAUAUUACUACAGAGGAAACUAUUUGACCUUCAAGAAGAUGUACAAACAGAAGCAGAAAGAACUGCAGAAACAGUACGACAAACAGGAGAAGAAGCUCAAAGACCUGAAGGCUGGUGGCAAGUCCACCAAACAGGCUGAAAAGCAGACAAAAGAGGCGCUAACCAGGAAACAACAAAAAGGCAAGAAGAAGGGUCCUCAAGAGGAAGAGAGCCAUGAAGCCCCGGAGCUACUGAAGAGACCCAAAGAGUACACCGUCAAGUUCACCUUCCCCAACCCUCCUCCUCUCUCACCACCUAUACUGGGACUGCACAGUGUUGACUUUGGCUACGAUGGUCAGAAACCUCUUUUCAAAAAUGUGGAUUUUGGCAUUGACAUGGAUUCCAGGAUUUGUAUUGUUGGGCCCAACGGUGUUGGAAAGAGUACUCUGCUGCUGCUGCUGACUGGGAAAUUAGUUCCUACUAAGGGUGAGAUGAGGAAGAAUCAUCGACUGAAAGUGGGGUUCUUCAACCAGCAGUACGCUGACCAGUUGAACAUGGAGGAAACGGCCACAGAGUACCUGAUGAGGAACUUCAACCUGCCCUACCAGGACAGCAGGAAGUGUCUGGGACGUUUUGGCCUCGAGAGCCAUGCACACACCAUUCAGAUUUCCAAACUCUCUGGUGGUCAGAAGGCCAGAGUGGUAUUUGCAGAGUUGUCCUGCCAUCAGCCAGAUGUCCUCAUCUUGGAUGAACCUACGAACAAUUUGGACAUUGAAUCCAUAGAUGCCUUAUCUGAGGCCAUCAAUGAUUACAAAGGAGCCGUGAUAAUUGUGAGCCACGACGCACGGCUCAUCACAGAGACUCAGUGCCACCUGUGGGUGGUGGAGGACUGCACCGUGAACCAGAUUGAGGGAGACUUUGAUGACUACAAGCGGGAGGUGCUGGAGGCCCUUGGCGAGACCAUGGUCAACAAGGUUAACCCCUGAUCACCUGCACACGUCAGCUGUCAGGUGUAACAAUAAAAUCCACGGUCAAGUACCUCUGAUGAGUUCUUUUCUACGAGUGUUACUCAAGUUAAACGUUCUUCUGCCAAAGCUUGACAAUAAAAUAUUCCUCAAACAUC